AUGGCCACAACGCACGACUCGGUCCACGAGGCCAGGGCCGAAACGACACCACUCCUAGGACAGUCAACAUGUCGCGAAUACAAUCAAGAAGAUGAGCAGACAUCAAACAUCAGCGCCAGAACAGUCCUGAUAUUGGUCGGCAUCUGCAUCAUCGCCAUUGACUUUGGAAACUACUUGUCCUUCGCGCCUCAAAUAGACAUUCUGGAGCAAAUUGUCUGCAGAAGACAUGGCAUUGCAAGACCAGGCGAUGCGUCAGGCCCAGAUUGCAAGGCGGAUGGCAUCCAAGCUGAGCUGGCCAUCUUGGUCGGAUGGAUGGCCUUCUGCAACCAGGUUCCCGGCAUCAUCUUGGCUCUUCCGUACGGCUUCGCUGCAGACAGAUUCGGCAGAAAACCUGUUUUACUGCUCAGCUUGAUUGGCCUCAUAUUGGAAGAGAUGGUAGUUCGAUUCAUACUUGGGACGAGCGAUAGAAUCCCUGCCGAGGCCAUUUGGGCCGCGCCGCUAUUGCAAUUGAUUGGAGGAGGACCUCAGAUUGCAACAUCCAUGGCCUUCACCAUCAUAACAGAUGUUUUUCCGGCUUCACAACGGUCGUCCAUCUUUUUCAGGUUGUCGGCCAUUAUCUUGCUCGGCGAGCUUCUGGCAACUCCGUCUAGCGCUCUCGCAAUGUCAUGGACGCCUUGGUUUCCGUUUUUGGCCGGUGUCGCUUUCGAGUUCAUCGGCCUUGCGGCUGCUUUUGCGCUCCCUGAAACGAUGCCAGCACGUUCUCGGCGAGAAGCACCGUUGGAAGAGCGGCGUGCCUGGCCUGAUGACCAACAAGGGACCCGAAAACACGUCUUUUCCAUUCGGUCCUUGUUGCAAAAAUGGUCGCUCUUCCGCGGUCAUGGGAUUAGUGCCAAAGUCAUGAUGAACAUACUUCUAGUCACAGCAUCAUUUUUGAUGGCAAGCAUUGGAAGAGAGGCUCUGCAGUUUGUCGUCCAAUAUGCAUCAAAGAAGUUCUCGUGGACUAUUGCACAAUCAAGCCUUCUAAUAACUAUCAAAGGCGUCAUUAACUUAUUGAGCCUCUUAUUCCUGUUGCCUCGGUUCUCCUUUUUGAUGUUGAAGCACAUGUCAACCGUCAGAGCCGACCUUUUUCUCGUGCAGGGGAGCGUGUUUCUCUUGAUGGUAGGCACGGCCAUCAUGGCUCUUUCGCAGCAAUCUGAAACUUUCACGGCAGGAGUCGUCAGUUUUGCCUUUGGCUGGGGCUAUUAUGCGGCACUCCGCAGCCUGGCAACCUCUCUGGUUUUGCCGUCACAAGCUGGAGCUCUCAACACGGCCAUCGCUUUGGCACAAAGCUUUGGCGCCAUGGUAUCCGGACCCGUCUUGGCUCUCUCUUUCCGUCGGGGCCUUGCCAUGGGUGGAAUUUGGGUAGGACUCCCAUACAUGGUCGCCUCAAUUCUUUUCUCUGGGGCUGGCGGAUUGGUCCUUUGUAUCCGCCUGCCGCGACAGCUUGAGCGGACUCGGAAUGGCUUAGAAUGA